UGGGCUUGUUGAGGCGAUAGUGUUGGUUCUCUUCUUCACAUUAGAUACGACGGGAACAAAAUUUCCAUUAGAUUUAUUCUUUCUGAUGUUACAUACGAUAUUAGCAUCUGUACUCACAGGAAUACCGUUCAUUGGGCAAACGCUUACAUGGGGACUUAUAGUGACGGGAUCAGCUGUGGUGUUGUACAUCUUACUAAUCACAAUAGGUGCAACACUACGAAUUGAUCUGUACCGUGGUUACACUGCAGUUUUCAUAUACUGUGUUACUGUCAUGGUUGUAACUUUUGCUGUUUCAAUUGGUGUCUACUAUGGGACAGGACUU